AUGCCCAAUGUGGUUGAGCUUGACCUUCGCCGAAACUUCUUAGCUCAGCUGACCUAUGAUUGCGCCGAUACGUCAUGCGUGCCAGCCCUGGCGUGCUUGGACCUGUCGGACAAUGUGUUUACUGAGCCACCUACAGCUCUCCUCGAAUUUAGAGCAAGCUUGCGCUGGCUGAGCCUGAAGUACAAUCUCCUCACGGAAGUGACUCGCAACACCUUCGUGGAUCUGAGGAUCACCGAGUUGGACCUGUCUCAAAAUCGUAUCUCCGCCCUGGAGUCAGAUGCCUUUUCUCUCCUGCCUGAGUUAACUUCCAUCAACCUAGAAUCCAACAAUCUGACGCAGUUGCCAAAUCCAGCUUUCGAUAGCGCAGAGAAACUGGCGGUCGUCGACCUCAGUGACAACUUCUUGGGCGACCUGGCGCCAGGUGCCUUUGCAAGCCUUUUUUCCUUGAGGGUUCUCGAUUUGUCAAACAACGACUUGGGAGCCAUUCACACUCAGUUUGUGCCAGGCUCUCUUGAAACGCUGAACCUGCACGACAACAGGAUCUCUGCAAUCGCGGCUGAUGCGUUUGGGGCUGGUCGGCGCCUCCGAUACAUCACCUUGGACGGCAACUUCUUGCAUCAGCUCCCAGACAACGUGUUUGGCCACUGCCGAUCUCUAAGCGCGCUCUAUCUGCAAGGAAACCAGCUUACGUCGAUUACGAGUGACACGUUGAGAGGCGCGCACCACACCCUGACUGAGGUAUACCUGAACGACAACAACCUUUUGCGCAUCGACGAUCUUGGGUUGCCGGAGCUGCGUUACCUUGACCUUUCAUUUAACAGUCUCACGCACUUUUUCCUGAACACAAGCCGUUACCUCAUCGCCCUUGACCUCAGUGACAACCCACUUGAGGCUGUGCCCGAUUUGUCGGCCUUAGUUCAGCUGCAGCUCUUUGGUCAGCGCAACCACACAAUCCCGACGUUUGAUCUCAGCAAGUUUUUUUCACUGCGCGACUUAACUGGGAUUGAUGCUGAUGCUGCACCAGGAAGCCCAAGCCGGGUCGUGGUGACUUCAGAGCCAGUGUCAGCUUGGAACCUCUCGGCCAUCGAGCACCUCCACGUUGCCAACAUGGAACUACCCACCUCUGUGCUCUCACACCUGAUCAACACCGCAAGUGUGAACAGCUUGCACAUUGGCUGGCGCGGACUUGGGGUCACUCAGCUCACCAACGAAGACAUUUGCAGCAUGCUAAGCGCAGAGGCGGUUGAGUUGGCAGUCUGGUCAUCGUCGUACACAAGCUUGAAGGUGUGCAAGAAUGUUCCACUGAGAAAGGUGUUUUUGGAGCACAACAGUGAACU